AUGUCCCGAAGUCUGCCAGACAGAGUAGCAGGGCUCUAUUAUGCCCAUGGUCUUUUUUGCUCAUCACAUCCUGUUGCAAUACUAUCAUUGGCAAUUUCUAUUAUAUUAAUAUGUUGUUACCCGCUGAUAAACUUGCCAAUGCCUGGCAACACACCCAAAGUAGUUAUCAAUACGACAGUGACAAAUGGAUCAAAUAGAUCCGAAAGUUCAUUACUCUACGUACAACAAGUGUCGCUGAGAAUUGGAGUAGUACCAUGGGCUGAAGACCUUGCUUUGUCUGAUGCUUUCAGAGCGCCGCUUUAUGAAGUCUUCAAUUUGCUGGAAAUAAUACAAAAUUAUCAGGAUACAGAGACGUAA